GAAAUCCGGAUGCAAAGCGCCUAUAUGAUGAUCUUCUGAGUAAUUACAAUAAAUUGGUGCGACCCGUGGUGAAUGUGACGGACGCCCUGACAGUACAAAUCAAGCUAAAAUUGUCCCAAUUGAUUGAUGUUAAUCUAAAAAAUCAGAUUAUGACAACGAAUCUGUGGGUAGAACAAACUUGGUAUGACUACAAACUAAAAUGGGAACCAAGGGAAUACGGUGGCGUUGAGAUGCUCCACGUGCCGUCGGAUCACAUUUGGAGACCUGACAUUGUGUUGUACAACAACGCUGAUGGGAACUUUGAGGUGACAUUGGCCACAAAAGCCACCCUCAACUACACAGGACGCGUGGAGUGGCGACCGCCGGCCAUUUACAAAAGCUCCUGCGAAAUCGAUGUGGAGUAUUUUCCAUUUGAUGAACAAACAUGCGUUAUGAAAUUCGGCAGUUGGACCUACGAUGGUUUUCAGGUCGAUUUGCGCCACAUUGACGAAUCUAAUGGCACAAAUGUGGUUGAAGUUGGAAUUGAUCUUACGGAAUUCUAUACAUCAGUCGAAUGGGAUAUUUUGGAAGUUCCUGCAAUUCGGAAUGAAAAAUUCUACACGUGCUGCGAUGAACCGUACCUAGAUAUAACUUUUAACAUAACAAUGAGACGCAAGACGCUAUUUUACACCGUAAACCUCAUCAUUCCGUGCAUGGGGAUUAGUUUCUUAACGAUUUUAGUAUUUUAUCUGCCAUCAGAUAGCGGGGAAAAGGUAUCAUUAAGCAUAUCUAUCCUACUUUCACUCACUGUGUUCUUCCUGCUGUUGGCGGAAAUUAUUCCACCAACCUCCCUUGUUGUGCCACUCCUGGGGAAAUUUGUCCUCUUCACAAUGAUACUCGACACAUUCAGUAUAUGCGUCACGGUUCUUGUGCUGAAUGUUCACUUCCGAUCGCCACAGACUCAUACAAUGGCCCCAUGGGUUCGGACGGUUUUCAUCAAUCAUCUGCCUAAGCUGCUGGUCAUGCGACGUCCUCUCUAUCCAUAUGACCAUCGAAUGCAUUCAAGUUGCAAUCGAUAUAUGGUGAGAACUUGCAAUGGAUUGGAAUUCAGGGAUCCCAUACCGCCUCUACCGCCCUCCGUGGCACUCACGAAUUUCGACCCGAGUCUCCUUCUUGAUCAUCACCUCCUAGACUCAAGCGAUCCCCUGGGUCUGGGCUCAUGCCAACUCCAUGGCGAUUCGGGACCAUGUUCUCCGCGCCAUCACCACCGGCACCCACGUCAUCAUCUCCUAGAUGAGCUGCCGCUCACCUAUCAGACAGAUCUGCUGGACGGAUCGCCGGAACCCCUGUCGAUAGCCACGCUCACACCCUCGCGCCGCCACCAGCACGUGGCCACGGUAGAUGCGGCCACAUUGGUGACGGCUGUACCUACGCUGCCACCACCGCCACCACCUACAAUUACACCUCAAAAAAGCACUGCCAAAGAACCUGCGGCCGCGAGCAGUUCUGCCAAAAAUGACGUACCGCCGGCGCCUGGGACUAGCCACUCGGGCGGUCACCGAUGGCACACCUGCCCCGAAUUACACAAAGCUAUGGAUGGCGUUACGUACAUCGCUGACCACACGAAGAAGGAGGAGGAGAGCACAAGGGUGAAGGAGGACUGGAAGUUUGUGGCAAUGGUGCUGGAUAGGCUCUUCCUAUGGAUCUUCACGAUAGCCGUUGUGGUUGGUACGGCAGGUAUUAUCCUCCAGGCACCCACACUCUACGACACCCGCGUGCCCAUUGACAUUAAAAUGUCUGAAAUUGCAACGACCACCGCCAAGCCUCACAUCGCGCGGCCUGUCUUAUAAAAGGGAUAGCGAUGUGCCCCGCGGAAAUGUAAGUUAGAUAACAAAAAUAAUGAUUUAAAACACCGUGAGAACACGAGCAUUCUUCCGGGCGCGGUUUUCACGAGAGCACACAAUGCCAUGAGAAUUGGCGAGGAAAUUCACAUGGGACGAUUUCCACUAAAUGCUAUAUGAAUGAGUGAAGAAAAAAGAUCGUGGAUGGAAUGGGAGUUUAGGUAAAAGGGAGAAUUUAGCCCCUCGAGGAAUUUUAUCAAAAAUGUCUAACGGAAUGGAAUUUCUUCUAUUUCCUUAUACAUUGCACGUGACUAUUAUUUUCUUUGGUAAAAUUCAUCUCACAAUAGCAUCUGAAAUGCAAUUUUUGAUUUUUUAAAUAUGUAUUACACCCUAAAAAAAAAAACUUCAAUAUUUCAGUUAUUUUUUGUUAUAUACAUUUAGCUAUGAUGUUUUUUUUGAAAAUGAAUUCAAAUCCAAGAAAUUUGAGACAAAGAAUACUCGGACGAGGUAAUAAAGCGCAAACAUAAAUUCGCAUAAAUCUCCAAUGAAAUAUUUAUCAAAUAAAUUGUGCGAUAAAUUGAAACAAAAUGCCCAUAGCAAAAUGCUUCCAUGCUAAAAGAAUAAAAAGACAAUUAUGGCAAAAUACUCUCUCUUUUUUAUUUAUUUAUUUCCGACACAUUAUAUCAACCACAAUGGAGUGUUAUAAAAAAAACCAUUUUUUUUGCAUUUUGCAUUAUUUUUUUAAUAAUUGAUAAAAAUAGGUACUAUUUUUGGUACUUUGUGAAUUAUUAUGCAAACAUCUGGUCUCUAAUUGAAAGUUUCACUGUAUUAUUUAACAAAAUGAAUCUAAUUUAAUUGUUAAAAAUUAGAUGUGGAUGGCUUGCACGAUUAGCAUACAUUUUUAAGACAUUUUCAAUAAAUUUGAGCAUACAUUCGACAUUUAUGUGGUAACCUGAAAUGCAAGUAUAUUGCAAAGAAAUCACAGAAAAACGUAUUUCCCGCUGAAAUCCCGCAAAGCAGUCGCAAAAGAAGCUUUAGAGCAUGAAAUCUUCUAUGGAAUCAUUUAGUUAGAAAAUCGUCUAAUUUUCCGAUAUCCGGUGGAUUUAGUUUUUACCAGUCUUUGUGUCCCAUAAUUCAAUUUCUCUUUAUUCUUUUCAAUCGUAUAAGUUCAGUGAAAUAAAUGCAAUGAAUGUUACGGAAAAAUAAUAUAAUAGGAUAUUUUAUUUUUGUUAUAAUUAAAAGAAUUAAAAAAAAUCAUAUCUGAUUUUACCCUUUUCACAAAAUUCAUAUCCAUUUAAAAAAAAUAUAUCUGUUUAAUGAAAUAGAAAAUUCCACUCCGACCCCGAAAAAUGUUCCUUUGACCCCUAAAUAAUUUUAUUAUAUAAAUUUAAAUUACAUAAAAAAAAUCAAGAGUGUCAUUAAGCAUAAAGCAUAAAAAAAUUAAAAAGGGAUUGAAAGAAUUUGUCAAAGGAUACGAUAGAAGAGUCCCAAGACCAUUAUUAGGUGAAAAAUAAUAUUAAAUAGUUAUUAACAAGAUAAAAAAAACAAUGAGGCGAAUGUUCGAGUCAAUGAAGGACUUGGUCCUUUGCAUUAACUAUAAAAAAAAUAAAUUGUUUAAAUAUGGAGAGGAGUUUAACUAAAAUUUGUGAUGAUUUUAAUUUGAAAAUGGAGAAGCAUAUAGAAUCACAGAGAAAAAUGUUUUCUCCAUUUUCACUUUAAAACCUCAUAUAUAUUUUAGCACGGGUUUUGAACAAAAGUUUAAAAAAAACAUUAAAGAAUAUCAUUAAAUGUGAUUUCGUUUAACAAAUUGACAUGUUAGGGUGAGAAACACUGAAAAAAAUUAAACACAAAUUCACACAGCAAUUAAAAGAUAGAGCACGUUAAGAAAAGUUUAAUUCUAUAAAGGGAAAAUGAUGAAGAAAAAAAUAUAACAUAUAGAGAGAAUAUUGAUGAAAAAAAAGUAACAGAAAAUAUAUAAAAAAAGAGAGAUGAUAAAUUAUUUAUUUUCCUAGAAAAGUUGUGCGUGUUUAGAUGACAGUAAGCGAAAGCAAUUUUUUCACCAAGAAGCAUUUAUAAACUUUCUUUUCAGUUAUUUGAUGUUUGCGAAUAAGAUUUCUUUUUGUUAAUUAUUGUUAUAAAAUAUCAACGUGACUUACAGUGAAUGAGUUAGAAGACUUUCAAAGGCGGUUGGAAGUUCAUAAUAAAGCACAAUGGUGCAAAGUUACUAACUCGCAUUAAAGGAGACUGAGGCAAUUCUACAUACUUCAAAAAGAUUUUUUUUUAAUAAAGAAGUUGUCCACAAAUAAAACGUGCAAAAUUGCCCCAGUUUCAUUUAUCAUGUGCUUCAGACGCAUUGGAAAGCGUGGAGAGGCUUUUUUUUUAUUGU